ACCUUGCUUUAUCCCGAAGCGAAUUUCACGAUGGACCAAGUAAAAUGCGCCAGGAGGUCACCAAGAUAAACGUGUGGGCGAGGCCCACAUCACCCAUGGAGGAAGCCACUACGCUGGAACUUCUGGCCCUGCAGCCAGAGCAGCCUGGUGUAGAAGAGGAGGAAGGGACCACACUGCCUGCAGGCACCCUGGUGCACAUCGAUGGCGACACCCUGGUCGCAGUUGUCGAGGACGGACAGGCAAUCGCUGCCGCAGAUGAGGCCGCACCACAGCUUACGGAGCUGGACCUAUCGAGCCUGCUGUCUGUGGAAGAGCCAGAAGAAGACGUUCUGCAGAAGGCAUUGCUUCAGGCUGACACAGUGGUCACAGAGGAAGCUGCCCCAGAGCAGCCACAGUCCAAACAGAAAGUGCAGCCAGAGGUUGAAGAUCAGCAGCAGCAGCAGCAACAGCAGACGGUGGUGAUUGACGUGAGCAGUCCGAUCGAACUGUGCCAGAAUGCACUGAUUGUGGUGAAUGGCCAGCGAUGCGUCCUUCAGCAGGAUGCCAGCACGGGUCAAGUGCUGGCCUACCCAAUCCGAGAACCUAAGCGCAAGCGUGGACGACCGAGGAAGGUGGUACCUCCCCCUACUGAGGAAGUGCCACCAGCUGCAUCUGCGGAGGAAGCCUCCGUGACUGAGCUUGCUGCUGCGGAAGAAGAGGAGGAUGGUGACAAAGGCAUGGUGGAAAUUGUCACAGAAGAUGGCGCCCUUGUGCGUAGGAGCCGGCGGCGGCGAAAGGUGGCACGCACCAUGAAGGACUACCACUUGAGCGAGGGCAGUGGAAGUGAGCCAGAGCCCGAGCCCGAUCCAGAGCCUCGGAGGCGUGGCCGGCCGCCUAAAAAUUAUCACGAGGAGGACCCUUUUUGGAAGCGAACUAAUGGACGUCGCCGGCCUCGUCUGCGAAAGAGGGACGGGGCCUCUCAAAGCAACCCCAUGCAAGCGUUCCUGGUGCAGAUGGCCGAUGGUCAGACACUCAUGAUGCAGAUACCCGCCGCAAGCAUUCCGACAGGCAUGGAUUUGCACCAGGUGGCGCAGAACAUCGCCACCAGCCUCAACGCAGCCGCAGCACAACAAGCUAUGUCGGGAGGCUGCUUGACGGCAGAAGGCGCGGCCGCAUCGCCCGUCCUGGUGGCACUGCAAAGUGCCAUCUCAGACGAGGCACAGCCGCCACCUCAACCACCGCCACAACCUCAACCGCCAGCACCACCAAAACGCAGACCAGGGCGGCCUCGAAAGAGGCCCCUGACACCGCCACCACCUCCACUUCUUCCGCAACCAGAAAUAACAGGAGAGAGUUCGGUAACUGCCAUCACAGGCUGUCCAACAGACGUUCCAACAGACCCUCCAACAGACCCUCCGACAGAUGCUAUGAAAGACUGUCUGGUGGAUGGUGCAACAGGGGGUUUGACAGACGCUCCGAUGGAUGUGUCGGAAGAGAGUUUGGCCGGUGGAUUGACUUUGGGUGUGACAAACAUUUCCACGGAAGCCCUGCAGGAGACUCCUGCUGAUGAUGGCUCUAGGGACGGUGCGGCCACUCGUAGUGUGGCUGCAGUGGUUGCCCAGAGUCUCGAAGAUGCUGUGGCGCAGGUGCUGGGGCCUGCUGCGGGACCACUUUCAGAAGGACUUGAACUUGCCUCUGUACAGCCUGUCGAGGAGUCCAUCCUCCCGAAUGAGAUUGACGACGCGACGGUGAUUCCUUUACCUGAGAAGCUUGUCACUAUCCACCCAAACACUGACGAUGCCACAGUGGUUCCUGUGUCCGAGAAGCUUGUCACUCUGCUGCUUCCAAAGUUGGGUGGAUCUGCGGAGGAGCAGCAACAGUUGCAGUGCCCAGCGUGCGAGUUCCAGGCGGGCUACGUGCAGCAACUGCAGGAGCACCUGCUGGGUUCGCACGCAGACUCUGUGGUGCGUUGUCGCCGCUGCCCCCACGUCUGUUUGUCACGCGACACGCUCAUUGUUCACUACCGAACGCAGCAUCCCCGCUGCAUCUGCCCCUACUGCGACCACAUUGCCGAGCAGGCGUAUGCCAUCCGGCGCCACAUGGCACGGCACACACAGCCGGGUGCUUGCACCUGCCCUGUGUGCAACAAGCGUUACAAGGACCCGUACAUCCUCAAGAUGCACCUCAAGAUGGUGCACAUGCCGGCCGAGGUGCUCUUCGAGUGCUCUCUGUGUGGCAAGAAGUUCAAUCGCAAGGCCCACCUCAAGCGACACGCCCGCACCCACAACCCCAACAAGCCACUCAAGUGUCCCCGCUGUGAUUACAGGGGCUGUGAGCGGUCGGACAUCACCAAGCACAUGCUGAUCCACGAGGAGCCGAAGCACGUGUGCAACAUCUGCAACCGUUCGUUCCGGCACGCCAAGAACAAAGAGCUGCACCUCAAGCGACACAAGGGCCAGAAAGACUACAAGUGCGGCGUGUGCGACUUCUACGGCUACACGUUCACCGACAUCCGCAAGCACAUCGAGAGGCGUCAUGCCGACCCGCACACCAUCCUCUGCGAUCGGUGCGGCCAGGCCUUUAAGAGCCAAGCCCUGCUCAAGGAGCACCAGAUGAGCGCCCAGUGCGAGGUGUACCUGAUCGAACAAGAGUUGACGGAAUACGAAGAGACGGCCCCAGAAUGCUUGCUGACUACAGCUGAUGAGUCAGAGCCAACCGACGAAACCCUGGAAGAGACAUAUGUGGAGGCGGAGGCACAGCUGCUGGAGCUGCCGGGCCAACAGUAUGCCAUCGUCACAACCACUGCAGAUGAAGCUGAUGUGGAGGCUACAGCUGAGGUGCCUGAUGUGGCCCAUGAGACACACAUUGCUGUGGUGCAAGAUGCCAGCCAUCUGCUUGGCUAAUCCAGCACCGUUUGACACUUCCUACCAAGCUAUACCCUACAUGGGGAAAAGCCUGGGUUUGCAUAGUGAAGGAAUCGGUGUAUAUAUGCGCACAACGUGCAGAGGACAGCUGCUGGGCUGUGUGGCAGCACCGUCUCUGAGAAACUGAAGAGCGCUCAAAUGUGAGCAGAUGUGGUGCCAAUGCAACACUCCUGUCAGGCUAAAGGAAGAGUGCAUUCUAGCGGACUGUGCCAUGCGGACUUGUGACGCCUGUAAAUGACUGUAAAUGUUUAUCAUAUGCGUCCUAAAUGUAUCUACAAUGAUCGAAACGCUCCCUGUACAAAGUAUUGUGUAUCUAGAAAGGUCAGAAACUGUUAAACAGUCAUUUUUUCAUCUUGCCUUCCAUUCUCUAACAGCUGCGAGCAUGAAUUUGUUUCCUAACAUAAUAAAUAGUCAGAAAUUUUCUGCAUAAAACGGGGCCUAUGACAAGUACGGAUUUGGCUGUUGAAAAAUAUUGAUAGUCGGUCACUCUGCAAUAGAUAUGAAAACAAUGUCUGCCAGAACCCUCCGAUUUGGUGGAAGGAAAGUAAAAUCAUUAGGAGUUUAAAGAACAAAAUAAAAUGCCUUCAAACAAUUUCCUGCGCUCUACUGUAUUCUAGUGGGUGCCAGUUAGGUGCCUUGUGCAUUUGCAGUGCUCUAUAAAGAGCAUAGACUUUCAAAAGCUUGCAGUACAAUGUUCACAGCCAUUGGGCUUUAAAGGUGUAUGCAUGUCAUGCAGUGAAAAAGAGUCAUGCAGUGAUGUGGAUACCUAGGCGCAAUUGCGCAAAACCAUCAUUUAACUUGUAAACCUGAGCUGCGAUAAUGUCCAGACAAUAUUAGGCACAAGAUAGAG